GAUCCCUUAAUGGAGAAGUCGCUACUUUGUAAGCAGUCCCUAGAAGGGGCGGGUCUUCCUGGAAAUUUUGACUGCAGCUGUUUUCCUCUGCAGUGACUCACAGCGCCCUGGACUGCGGGAGAAGUGACCCUGCAUCACCAUGGUGCGCCCUUCUGGCCUACUAAACCGCAAAGAGGAGCCAGUGCCAUUGAAGAGCAUCUGUGUGACCUUGUCCAUUCGUGAGUUUGUGGCUGGUGUGUCUGCUACCUUAAACUAUGAAAAUGAAGAGAAAUUUCCUUUGGAGACCUUCUUUGUAUUCCCCAUGGAUGAAGAUUCAGCUGUCUACAACUUUGAGGCCAUGGUGGACGGGAAGAUAAUUAAAGCAGAAUUAAAGGAUAAGAAGAAGGCCCAUAGCCUCUAUGAGAGUGCCAUCAGCCACCGCCGCCAAGCUUUCCUCCUGGAGGAGGACAUGUGCUCCAGGGACGUCUUUUGUUGCAAUGUGGGGAACCUGCAACCUGGGUCAAAGGUGGCACUCACUCUGAAGUAUGUGCAGGAACUGCCCCUGGAAGUAGACGGGGCCCUGCGCUAUGUGCUUCCAGCUGUCUUGAAUCCUCGAUACUGCUCCUCUGGAUCGCCGGUGGACAGUUGCCUUAAUAUGAAGACUCCCAUAGUCCCUUUGGAUGAGUUGCCCUAUGCGUUCAGUGUGACUGCCACUGUCAGUUCCCAGCAUGGCAUUGAUCGGAUCCAGUCCAACUGCCCCUUGCGUCCUACUGAGUACAUUGGAGAUAAGAAGACUUCUGCCCAGAUUUCCUUGGCUGAUGGACACAAAUUUGAUCGAGAUGUGGAACUCCUGAUUUACUACAGUGAGGUGCAUACCCCCAGUGUAGCUGUGGAGUUGGGGAAUCCUGAAAAUAACCCAGAUGGUUUGAUGAAAGAUCCAUCUGCAAUGGUAUGUUUCUACCCAAAUAUCCCAGAAGCUGAGCCAUCAGCUAUCUGUGGAGAAUUCGUCUUCCUCAUGGACUGCUCAGGAAGUAUGCAUUGCCCUAUAAGUAAACAGGAUAAAUCACAGUUGCGCAUUGAGGCAGCCAAGGAAACACUGAUUUUGCUGCUGAAGAGUUUGCCUAUAAACUGUUAUUUCAAUAUCUAUAGAUUUGGAUCUUCCUUUGAGGCAUUCUUUCCGAAUAGUGUGAAAUACUCUCAGGAUACCAUGGAAGAGGCACUGAAGAGAGUUAAACUUAUGCGGGCAGACCUAGGGGGCACAGAAAUCUUGACACCACUCCAGAUCAUUUACAGAGAACCUUCCAUCCCGGGCCACCCCCUACAGCUUUUUGUCUUCACAGAUGGAGAAGUUACUGACACAUUCAGUAUAAUUAAAGAAGUUCGGAACCACAGACUGAGGCACAGGUGUUUUUCCUUUGGGAUUGGAGAAGGAGCCUCCACUAGCCUAAUAAAAGGCAUUGCCCGCGUAGGAGGUGGCACUUCAGAAUUUAUCACAGGCAAGGACAGGAUGCAGGCCAAGGCACUUAGCACCCUGAAACGUGCUCUACAGCCUGCAGUAGAGGAUGUUUCUGUGAACUGGGAUUUGCCUCGUGGCCUGUCUGCUAGAAAGCUUUCACCAGAACAGACUGUCCUCUAUAAGGGUCAGAGGUUAAUCUUCUAUGCCCACUUGACUGGGACUCUACCGCCAGCAGAGGGAACAGGAGAAGUUUGCCUCAACUACACACUCCAGGGCAAGAGUUUUGAGAAUAAGGUGACAUUUUCUCUACAACCCAAGCUCGAUGACAACUUCACUAUUCACCGCCUUGCUGCCAAGGCCUUUCUCCAGAGCAUGGACAUGGGCUUCAGGGAGACUCCAGCAAAAUUUAAAAAAGAUGUGCUGAAGGUCAGCAUCGACUCUGGAGUCAUAAGCUCCCAUACAGCUUUCAUUGCCGUCAACAAGGAUCUCGACAAGCCAGUUCAGGGGCCCUUGGCUCGUAGGGACAUUCCAAGGCCAAUGCUACUAGGUGCUACUUCAGUGGUCACACAGUGCAAAAGAGUUGGGUCUGCUGGGACCUUUGCUGGUGGGAAUGCUGCACCAUCUGUACGACGUCUCUCCCGAGCAAGGGAACCAUAUCUUGGAGCUGCGUUUUCCAAGGCCUCCAAUGACCUUGAAGGCUGCUCCUGGGAAUCUACUCUUCCCACCAGAGCAUCGCCAGACUUAGGAGAGAAUUAUCUGGUGCAGCUGAUAACCCUCCAAAAUGCAGAUGGUUCCUGGGAUCUAGAUGAAAGUCUGGCCAGGAUCCUAGGUAUAAAUUUGAAAGACCUACAGGCUGCACUCCCUGUCAAGGAUGCAGACCCCUCGAGCUGGGCCACAGUCCUGGCGGUGGUUUGGCUGCAUGCCAAGGCUAAGCACCAGAAGUGUGAGUGGGAACUUCUGGAAUUGAAGGCCAGAAUCUGGAUUAACACUAAUGCAGGCUCCAUCAAGAAAAAGCUUGUGAAAGCUGCUAUUACUUUUACCAACUCCUCCGUGAACCCUGGAGUCUUUGGUAUCUGAGGACACCGUCCCAAGAAAUAAGUGCCUCUCCCCUGCUGCUGCUCUUUCCUUUAUGCUCUCUUGCUGUGGUGUGUUUUUGUCUUUUACACCUGUCCUAUCAGUUUCUUGACAUAAAAGGGGAAGGAUG